AUGGAGGCUCGGCGACACGCGGACAGCUACAGGAACGCGCUCAUGCGCUGCGAGAGAUGCUGCAAGGGGUUCCUGUCCGCCUUCACCUAUGAGAACCAUCUGAAAGUGCACGAUCCGGCGGUGUCAGGGCCAAACGAGUGUCGGUGGUGCGGCUGCCGCUUCAAGUGGCCGAACAACCUUCGAACACACUUGAUAGAGACGCACCAACUCAAAUACGUCUGCAAGCAGUGCCAACGAGUCGUUAAAGGGAGGCACGAAGCGCUGCUGCACGCGGAGUACCACGCCGGCAAGACGUGGGAGUGCGGACACUGUGCGCGCACUUUCAAGAAGAAGUCAACAUUCUACACGCACGUGCGCAUGAACCACGCGACGUCUGAGCCCACCUCAAGCACGUGCGAGUUGUGUGGCGAGUCCUUUAAGGGCCCGCCCGGACUCAAGCUCCACCAGAUUAAAAAGUGCAACAAGAACAUGAAGGCGCAGGAAACGGCGGCGCCGGCGCCGACGAUCGUCGCGAAAAAGGGGUUUAUCUGCGAGGUCUGCGGUAAAAAUUGCACGUCGCUGUCAAUCCUGGCGGUACACCUUCGAGCGCACACGGGCGACCGACCGCACGCGUGUCCGGGCUGCCCUCUACGCUUCGCCAAGAAAGAUAAUAUGGAGAAACACCACCGAGUGGUGAGUCUGUCUGUCUGUCACAUACGGCGACCGGCCGCACGCAUGCCCCGGCUGCCUGCUGCGCUUCGCCAAGGACAACAUCGAAACACCACCGAGUGGUGA